AUGGCCUCACCCACCGAACCCAAACCCCGCAAGUUCCCACCACCCUGCUGGACCCACGACGAGUCCCACGCCCUCAUCUCCCUCUACAAGGACCGAUGGUUAGCUCUCGGCCGAUCCAACCUCAAAUCUGCCGACUGGGACUCCGUUGCGUCCUCCGUCAACGACCAAUGCCCCCUCGUCUCUCCCCCCAAGACCGCCAUACAGUGCCGUCACAAGAUGGAGAAGCUCCGGAGGCGCUUUCGGACUGAGAAAGAGCGCGCUUCCACUCAUCCAGGUCCGGCACCCUUUUUUUCCUCCUUUGAUCUGUUUCAGCCUAUGAUCGACUUGGAAUGCGACUCUCCUUUGGUUUUCGGGUCCAACCCAGAUCCGGAAAACCGCAUCGCUGUUGAAUAUGGAGGUGGGUUUCGGGCCAGAAAUGAUGAAAGUUUCAGGUAUUUAGCUGAUUCUGAUCCAAAUUUGAGUGACCCAUAUGAGACAACCUCAAAAGGUUCCGGAUUCGGAGGUGGGUUUCGGGUCAAAAAUCUUGUUCGAGGUCCGAAUUCAGGACUUUCAGCUGGUUUUGAUCGAUAUGGUAGUCGAGGAAGUGAUGGUGGUAGUGGGUUUCCUGUAAAAUCAUUGGGGGAUAGGAAUUUCUGGCCUUCAGAUUUUAGGAGCAAGAGUUACGGUAAAAGUAACGACAAGUUUAAUCCCAAGCUUAUCUCGAAGCGUAGUGGCAGCAAUGGAGUUGGUUCAGGGAGCAGAUUUAAUCAGAAAUUCAAAGGGAGUUUGCAUUCUAAUGGCGUCGGUAUGGAAGAUUUAGGUGGGAGUUCAUCUGGGAAAGGGACGGAUGAUCCGAUUGAAGCGAUGGCGUCUUCGAUAGAGUUUUUGGGAGAAGUGUUUGUGAAGAUGGAGAAGAGGAAGAUGGAGAUGGCCGGGGAGAUGGCGAAGAUGAGAAUGAAGAUGGAGAUGAAGCAAAAUCAGCUGGUAAUGGAAUCGCAGAAGCAGAUGGUGGAUGCUUGUGUGAAUGCGUUGUGGGAAACCAAGAAGAAGAAGAAGAAGGUCGUCUCGCUUGACGAUUCGUAG